CACUGUCAAUAUCAACCGUACAGUUGAAUAGAACGCUGUGUACAUUGUUAAUUAAUGCCGCUUUCAUGGGAAACCGCGGAUGCGAACCAGACACAGUUUACACUUCGUUACCUCAGCUUAGUUCGCUCAUUUUUCAAAAUAUGGGCAGUUAGGUUAUUCACGCUGUCACUUAUAGUGUUAUUUUUCAAAGUUUUGAUCAAUUUAUUUGACAAUCGGCGAUGCUAAUUUCGUGGGAAAAUAUCAGCGGUAGACGUAUAAUAGAAUGGAGCGAAUCACUAAGGAACGAGGUUCUCUCGCGUCAACGUUGUUUUUAUUUCCAGAACAUAUUCUUUAAAACGGUUAUCCCGAGCUAUUUUUAAUGUCUUCAUUAGUGCCGUCCUAACUAUCAGCGAGAAGAGUCUUCAGCAGCAAACCCCGCAGCCCUGAAAGUCCCGCGUUUUUAUACGCGGUCGAUGUAUUCAGCCUUUUCACCACCACGUAAAAGAUAGUGUCACAAAAGUGCUGCGGGUGAAUCAGUUUCGUCUGUAUUUCAGAGUUGCGAAGGCUAUAAAUGCACGCGGUACAUUUGUAUCAAUAAAUAUUGCAAGGAUAUCGUUUUACAUGUACGUGGGAAACAGGGCGAAUCACGUGCACCUUUUUAUGUCGAUAAGUGUUGAGCGUUUGACCUGCAUGCUUUUUGCUAGGCGUACCGAGCAACUAUCGAUUCAACCAGCAGCUGACUACCACCGGAGUUUAAGUCGGUUGCUGGGAGGUGAGGCUCUUGCCUUUUACUACGUAAGUGCGUGUAUAUUUACAUGCGAGAGGGUUGCUGGUGGUUGAACCAAGAUUAGAUGUUGCCUUAGCCUUCCUUUAAGUCGCGUAAGUAUCCUAGGUAAGGGGGUUGAAAAGGAGGUAAUAAUGUCAAGUACCAGCACUGUGUCUUCACGGUCUUUUUCUUUUUCUUGAAAUUUCACUUCGCCUUCUCUCCCUUCUCGUUUCUCUUCGCAACUCAUAUUGCCGAAGUUUACUUUUUUCCCCCUUUUCUUUUCUAUCUCUCGUCAAUAUCAUCCGGAAAAAUUUUCGCCUCAGUCCAAAGAACUUGUCUGACGAGACAAAUUUCAAACUUGCCGAUCAUGCUGCUCAAUUCGCUGUUGAGUUAUACGAGCUCGUUUCGACCAAUCCGAAUCAGAGGAACUGGAGGGGUAUCUUAAUCGCUCUGCUCGUUAUCAUUGCGGUUCUUGCUCUGAUUGUUACUUCAGUUGCACUGCUCACACCUCCCGAUGAGGGGCCAAGAGUUCGCGGAUCCCAUCUUCGCCUGGCAGAGAGAAACAAUACCACUGACUCCUCAACCGGAGACCGAUGCUCAUCCCUAUCUGCUGUUGGCUCAAUGGACGCCGAGGGGUCACGGACUCGUCAUGAUUCAAGAUUACGACAUAUACUACCGGCCUAGUCCAUUCAGUAACACUGGGUACCGUGUCACCAAUUCGGCGAUACCGGGAAUAUUGUCAAACGGAUUACCGGACUGGUUGUACGAAGAGGAGAUCUUACGCAGCGCAGAAGCGAUAUGGAUGUCCAAAGACGGACACCUGAUGUUGUACGCGUCAUUCAACGAUUCGCUUGUGCAAGAAAUGAAGAUUCCGUGGUUCGGAGAAGGGACGAAAACUUUGUACCCUGACAUCCGGUCUCUUCGCUAUCCGAAGCCAGGAACUCCGAACCCGUCGAUACAAUUGAUUGUCGCUGAUUUGGCCGACCUGAAAAAUAUUCGAUCGAGAACAUUGCGGCCUCCGCCUGCCAUCGAGCAUGCGGAACACUACUUCACCACAGCUUCUUGGGUGUCAUUGACAGAAGUCUGCGUCACGUGGCUAACGCGGGCGCAAAAUCUGUCCAUCAUAACCGUCUGCAAAAGUCCCAUGUGGCAUUGUCAGGAAAUUCAGCGCAUCGUCGGAGAAGGUCGAGGGUGGGUUGACACCCCGCCGGAAUCGCCGGUUUUUUCUACGGACGGAAGUAGCUACGUCGCCAUAAUACCCGUCCGCGAUGGCCCGUCCGGAUACUACAAACACAUAAUGUUGGCAAAUGUAUCGAAGAAGCGAGUUGUCCCGUUAACUCAUGGGAGAUACGAAGUGAUCCGCAUUCUGGCGUGGGAUCAAGUCAACAAUACGAUAUAUUUCAUAGGAAUACCGCAAGCGCAUCCCGGACAAAGACAUUUGUACCGCGUCAAUUCUCAGCUACCUCACCUUGGCUCCUCUCUUCACUCGCCCGUUUGCAUCACUUGUACACCUGUGAUGAAUCCCGAAGCUCAAUACAAUUCGGACCGGCCAAGCAAGCACGCUGGUACUGAUAGUAACAAUAACAAUAAUAACGGUUAUCACACCUGGCCGGACAGCAGCGAUUGGGCGGAAUAUGAGCUGACCGAGUCUCAAAGCGCGGUUCAACCUCCCUUAGAAAAGCAGGAACGUCGAGGCAGCAAGAAAAAAACCACCACGAAAAAUUUGGAGACUUGCCAAUACCAUAACGCUGUCUUUUCCCCUGGAUUGGAUUACUUCGUAUUGGAAUGCCUCGGACCGAGCAUACCGACGGUCGCUCUUUACAAAACCACCUUGCCAGAUCCGCGCUUUAUUGGACUUUUGCAGAACAACACCGAGCUUCGGGAAAGAGUAGAGAAAAUUGCUCUUCCCCAAGUAAAGACCUUCCCCGUACAAAUAAGUGGCGGUUAUAACGCCCAGGUACGUCUUCAUUUGCCGCCUGGUUUACGGGAGGAAGAAAUCACUCGCUACCCGAUGGUCGUCCAAGUGUACGGGGCGCCGGGUUCGCAGCUGGUGACAGAUAAAUUUAAAAUUGAUUGGAACACCUACCUGGCCAGCAGCAAGGGGGCAAUUGUGGCCCAAAUUGAUGGCCGAGGAAGCGGAGGCCAGGGCUAUCAAUUACUUCACGAAGUGUACUACAGAUUGGGAUCUGUCGAAGUGGCGGACCAGCUGGAAGUGACGGAGUACUUGAGGGAUUCGUUACAUUUUGUGGAUAAGAGACGAGUCGCUGUUUGGGGAUGGAGUUACGGGGGAUUUGUCGCCGCCUUAGCCUUGGCCCAAUCUGAUCAAGACGUUUUCCAAUGCGGAAUCAGCGUCGCCCCGGUUGUUUCGUGGAAACUUUACGAUUCGGCCUACGCCGAGAGGUACAUGGGCUCGCCGAAUGUAACCUCAAACUACAAGGGGUACGAGGAAUCCGACGUUUUUAAAAAGGUGGAACACUUGCGGAACAAAAUGUAUUACCUGGUCCACGGCACCGCUGACGACAACGUGCAGUUUCAACAAAGCAUGGCUCUCGCCGGCCAUCUUGCCAAAAAGGGGAUUCUAUUCCGUCAGCAAGUUUAUCCCGACGAGAGUCACGGCUUGGCCGGCGUGAAGAGGCAUCUUUACCUAUCAAUGGCUCAGUUUUUAGAAGACUGUUUCCACAAGCAAGUACCCGUUGACACGAAGGCCGGAUUGGGAAGCGGCGGAGGAUACGGGAUAUAAGCUGACGGAACGAAAUUGAUACUGGAGCGAUAUAUAUUUUUUGGGCCCCACGAAUAUGCAAUCCAUAUUAUAUACACGAGUUAGGUAUGAUAACUAUCUCCAAAUUGUGUUCCGUUUAAUGGUGAAUCCUCCUUAAAAUUCGUUCCUAUGCAUUUUCCAAUUCGACCGGUUUUUAUCCCGUCUUUUUUUUCGGAAUCGAUAUUUUUCUAUUAAUAUUGAACCUGUAUAGUUGUUAAUUUUUUUCUUUAAGAUGUCGAAGAAAGAACCUGCUAUCUACAAAGCACGGUUUAAUAUCCUCACUCGCAGUACCAAACUAAAUCAUGAAUAUUUUUAACGUUCGUAAUCGACUUAUAGCAGUGAAAAUUUUCAAUAUAUUUACAGUGCACGUGCGGAUAAGUUUUCCAAUAGAACUGGCAGAUGGUUGAUAAUUAUAUGGUUAUUGUAGUGAAAGCGUUCGAAAUGAUAAUAUAUAAUUUUUCUAAAUAAUAAUAACAAAGAUAUAUUAUAACGUAAUAAAGUAAGGUAACAAUCAGAUUUUAAACAAUCCAAAUUAAUCUCCAAGAUAACUAUAUAGAAGAGUAGUGAAAAGUUGAAUUCUUCUUCUUCCCUUCUAUGUCGUCUUUCACGCGUGUAAUGUGAUAUCAGCUCUUAGCAGAAAAUACACAAAAUUCUAUAUUUAUAUAUAAAAACCUUAUCGAUUAGAUCGAUCGUGUGUCGGGUGUACGGUAGCAUCCGGUUCGUGCUCGUUCGCCGUAUAGAUACGAAUGUUAAUCCCGAAAAGCAAAGCCAAGGAAGCGUUGCCACAAUACCUUCACGAAAUGGAACAUACCGGCUGGAAUGCAUACUUGGAUGAAUUAUGUCCACCGAUGUAUAAUAAUUCCGUUUUCACUCCGCGGCGGGUAUUUUCGUUACCCGUUUCCCGUCGUUGCGUUGUCUUGAAAAUAAUUGAAACCUCCCGUAUACCACGUAUAUGAGUACAAUUUCCUGCACGACUGCGCCAAAGUGUUGCGUCAAUCGAUAAGAAAAGAACCAUGUUUUUGAACUGCAGUGCUUUAUCGACCAAGGGUCUGCUUUAUUGCAGUUACUGCUAAAUUCUUUUAACGUAUAUAAUUCAUCAUGAUAUUGAAUUUAUAUAUUAUAAAGUAGUUAAUUAUUAUAGGAGACCUUAGUGUUGCAAUUAUUAUACAAUUAUAUAUAAAUUAGAAAGAGACAAAAAGAAAAACGAAAAAAAAAAAAAAUUUAUUUCAAAAAACAACAAAAACAUACAAUAACAUCACGGAUCUAGUCUACGUAUAUAGGUCCGUGAAUAAUAUAUACACAUGUUAGGCAAUAAUUUUAAGAUAAUUUAUUGUAAAUAUUACGAAGGAAUAAUUUACACAAUCCUGCUCUAUAAUUCCUAGUUAAUUGACACAAUAACAAUAAUACUAUUAAUAGGUGAAAAUGUGUAAAUAAUUACGAACGCGAUGUAUUAUUAUUAUAUGAUGGAUGCGUCAAUGAAACUAUUACAUAACUAUCUGAUAACUUUAGCGGAGAAAAAAACAAAAAUUAUCUAGAUACUGUGAAGGAAAACAAUGAUGAUAUUUAAUAGUUACCGUAGCUAGUUUAGUAGCAGAAAUUAUUUCUGUCGUACCAAUCGUUGGAAGUAUAAUGAAAUUUAUAAUAAUCUAUAAUUGCAAUAUUUACAAACAAAUGAUCGGUGUUUGAAUUAAUAUAAUACCUACGGCGCGGGUCGCGUAUAUUAAUUAUCUUAUUCGCAAAACAUACUAUAAUAAUUAUUUAUUCAUGCAGUACUAUGAUGUAUUGUUAAAGUUAUUAUUACUAUAAUAAAAUUCUACUUUUGUGACUGUCA